AUGGUAACUGCUGAACAGGAGAACAAUGAUCUUAGGGAGGAGCUUAGUAAUCUCAAGGGCGAGAUGGAGAAGAUGGCAAUUAUGAUGGAGACUAUGAUGGCUGAGAGAGAGCAAGCAGCAAUCUCAGAACCGACUCCUGUUGUGGUCGUCACAGUUGCACCUGAGGGUCCCCCGCAACCAAUUUCUAUUAACGCUGCAGCUGUCAGCCUUACCCAGCCUCUAAUGACUGAUUUCUCUUCUGGUAAUAUGACAAAUAUGGGCAACUCAGGCUUCCGUCCUUUUGGUCCCCACGGUCUCUUCUCUACUCCUCAGUAUUCCAUGCAUCCUGGCUACCCAUGGGGCAUGCCGUCUGCGACCAAUGAGGGUUUUCGUCCAAGUUCUGCUGAAAUGCCAUUUGCUCUCGGUCAACAGACUGCCCCACUUUUCCAGAAGGGUCAGCUAAUUCCUCGGGCUACUAUGACUCAAGCAGAACCUACUGUGCAUGUUGAGCCACAUCAUGAAGAACAGAUUUAUCAUUCCGACAGUGUGAUGGGGGAUGACAGAGCAGUUAAUUGGGAAGAGAGGUUUGGUGCUUUAGAAAAAGAGAUGAGUAACAUGCGUAUUAAAGAAGCGGUCGUCCGGAACGUAUAUGAUUUUUUCUUGGUACCGGAUGUGGAUAUACCUCCAAAAUUCAAGAUGCCUGUGUUUGAGAAAUACCAAGGAGACACGUGCCCACAAAAUCAUCUGACUAUGUAUGUUACAAAGAUGAUAGCCUACAAGAACAACGUGCCUUUGCUCAUUCAUUGCUUCCAAGACAGUCUGACUGGUCCUGCACAUACCUGGUUUAUGGGAUUGAAGGGCAUCACUACAUUUGAACAGUUGGCUGAUGCUUUCAUGCAGCAAUACAAGUACAACACAUAUCUGGCACCCAGUCGCAAAGAGUUGCAGUCCUUGACCCAAAAGGACAAAGAAUCAUUCAAAGAGUAUGCACAACGCUUCAUUCAGAAGGCCUCCCAGAUCCGUCCGCCCUUGGAUGAGAGGGAAUUAUCCGAGAUGUUCUACGAGACCCUGAAUCCUUGCUAUUCAGAGAAAAUGAUUGUUUGUGCAUCACAGAAGUUCACCGACUUGGUGGAGACAGGGAUACGUAUUGAGGAUUGGGCUCGUAAGGGAACAGGUGCUUCGGGAAGUUCUUCAGGUAGUUCUGCGGUAAGUCCGUCUAACGGUAACAAGAAGUUUGGGAGUGGUUACUCGAAGAAGAAUACUCAAGAAGUCGGCUUGGUGGCCCAUGGAGGAUCUCAGUCUAUAUACCCAAAUCAUCAUUAUAUUGCCAACAUUACCCCACAAAUGACCGCUCCCCAUAACCCAAACUAUCAACCACCAAGACCUCAAGGGCCUUCACCAUACUAUCCACCAUUAUAUCAACCACCAUACAACUCACAACAAUUCCCUCAACAACCAUAUUACCCCCAACAACCAUACCAACAAAGGCCACGCUACCCACCACAACAACAACCCCGUCCUCAAGCUCCCUACAAUCAACAAAAUCAAAGACAACAGUUUGAUCCCAUACCAAUGACCUAUGAAGCAUUACUUCCUUCUUUGCUCGCACAAAACCGGGUUCAAACAAUACCGCCUCCUCGCAUUCCAGACCCUCUCCCACGCUGGUACCGUCCUGACCUUCAUUGUGUCUAUCAUCAAGGGGCACCAGGUCAUGAUGUUGAACGUUGUUAUGCCCUUAAGAAAGAGGUCCAAAAAUUGCUCAAUAGUAAAGAGUUAACUUUCGCCGACCCUGAUCAUGUUGCCCAGGACAAUCCUCUGCCUCCCCAUGGGCCUGCUGUUAAUAUGAUUCAAGACUGUCAGGGAGAUGCUUGCAUUCUCUACGCAUGUGAUAUCAAGACCCCUUUGGUACCGAUACAUGUAAAAAUGUGUGAAGUGGCUCUCUUCAGUCACGAUCAUGAAGCUUGUCAUAUAUGUUCGGUGGAUCCCCGUGGUUGCAUGCAAGUCCAGAAUGAUGUACAAUGUCUCCUAGAUAGAAAAGAACUGGUAGUUACAAGGGAAAGCAAGAGCAAAAGUGUGUGUGUUGUCACCCCGGUCUUCAGAGCUAAGAGGCCACUUGUGAUAAACCCUAACAGUGCAAAGCCCGCUGGCACUCCUUUGGUAAUCUGUGUGCCUAGGCCCGCGCCUCCUGUUUCUCAGAAAGCCGUACCCUACAAGUAUGAAGACACGAUUCUAGGACCCAGAAGUGAAACUACUUCAUCCUCCGUCGUGGACAAUAUUGCCGAAAGUAGUCAGAUUUUGAGAAGCGGCCGUGUCCUUCCUGCUGUGGUUCAAAAAAGCACCAGUGUUCCGGUCAAAGAACCAGUAAAAGAACGGAACACAGGUAAAGAUAAAGCUUGGGAGCAGCCCAAAGAGGUUGGUUAUGAGGAUUCUGAUGAAGUCUUAAAGUUGAUCAAGAGGAGUGAAUACAGGGUUGUGGACCAAUUGUUACAAACCCCUGCAAAGAUUUCCAUAAUGUCCCUGUUAUCAAGCUCUGGUGCUCAUCGGGAGGCCCUGAGGAAAGUACUAGACCAAGCUUUUGUGGAUUAUGAUGUGACUUUGGGGCAGUUCGAAAGUAUCGUGGGGAAUGUGACCGCUUGUAAUAGUCUGAGUUUCAGUGACGAAGACCUCCCGGCGGAGGGGAAAAAGCACAAUCAGGCAUUACUCAUCUCUGUACUUUGCAAAACAGACUCCUUGUCUAAUGUUCUGAUAGACACCGGCUCCGCUCUUAAUGUGAUGCCCAAAUCAACUCUCGACCAAUUGACAUAUUCUGAGGCUCUCUUAAGACCCAGUAAGGUGACGGUAAGAGCAUUUGAUGGGACCAGAAGAUCAGUAUAUGGGGAGAUAGAUUUGCCAAUUUCGGUCGGCCCGCAUGAGUUUCAGGUCACUUUUCAAGUCAUGGAGAUUCAGGCUUCUUUCAGUUGUUUACUUGGUAGACCAUGGAUUCACGACGCUGGGGCAGUAACAUCCACUCUCCACCAGAAGCUGAAGUUUGUAAGUCAUGGAAAGCUAAUUACUGUGAGUGGUGAGUCAGCCUUCUUGAUCAGCAAUCUGUCGGCGUUCUCUGUUAUUGGUGGUAAUAGUUCAGAUGGGUCGACAUUCCAAGGAUUCUCUGCCGAAGAAAGUGUAGGUAAAAUCGAGACUUGUAUGGCUUCGUUGAAAGACGCCCAGAGGGUAAUCCAGGAAGGCAAAACUGAAGGCUGGGGUCAGUUAGUGGAGUUGUCGGAGAACAAGCACAAGCAGGGAAUUGGUUUUCCUAACAGCAAGCCGGGGACGUUCGACCCUACCAGAGGCUCUUUCUACAGUGCUGGAUUCAUCCAUGAUUCGCCAGAGACCGAUUCCAUCACAGAAGAUACACCUGAAGAAGUGGCACCCGUCUUUGUGACACCUGAAGGAGCCUGCCGCAACUGGAUUGCUGUAGACAUUCCUUCUGUGAUACCCCGUUCUAAACUGAACAUAAAUGAGCCCGUUGAACACAGUAACCCCAUGCUUCCUCCCAACUUUGAGGUCCCGGUUUACGAGGCUUUGGUAGAGGAGGAUGAUGAGAUUCCUGAUGAGAUUAAAUGGAUGUUGGAACAAGAAAGGAAGACAAUUCAACCUCAUCAAGAAGAGAUAGAAAUCAUUAAUCUGGGUACUGAGGAAGACAAGAAAGAAAUCAAGAUCGGGGCAUUGUUGGAGGAAUCUGUUAAAGAAAGAGUGGUUGAGCUUCUCAGAGAGUAUGCUGAUAUAUUUGCAUGGUCAUACAAGGACAUGCCAGGUCUAGACCCUGAUGUGGUGGAACACAGACUGCCUUUGAAGCCUGAGUGUCCUCCGGUAAAGCAGAAAUUGAGAAGAUCCCAUCCUGACAUGGCCCUCAAGAUUAAAGAAGAAGUGCGGAAGCAAAUCGAUGCAGGCUUCCUGGUCACAUCGGAGUAUCCUCAAUGGUUGGCCAACAUAGUGCCCGUUCCGAAGAAAGAUGGAAAAGUCAGAAUGUGUGUUGAUUACCGGGAUUUGAACAAAGCUAGUCCGAAGGAUAAUUUCCCUUUACCUCACAUUGAUGUAUUGGUUGAUAAUACUGCUAAAUGCAAGGUUUUUUCCUUCAUGGACGGUUUCUCCGGUUAUAAUCAGAUAAAGAUGGCUCCAGAAGAUAGGGAAAAGACGUCUUUCAUCACGCCCUGGGGUGCUUUCUGUUAUUUGGUGAUGCCAUUUGGGUUGAUAAACGCUGGUGCCACUUACCAGAGAGGCAUGACCAAAAUAUUCCAUGACAUGAUUCAUAAAGAAAUUGAGGUCUACGUAGAUGAUAUGAUUGUCAAGUCUGGCACAGAAGAAGAGCAUGUUGAGUAUUUAUUGAAGAUGUUUCAGCGGUUGAGAAAGUACAAGCUCCGGUUGAAUCCUAACAAAUGUACCUUCGGCGUCAGAUCUGGUAAACUCCUGGGCUUUAUCGUCAGUCAAAAGGGUAUUGAAGUUGAUCCCGACAAGGUCAGAGCCAUUAGAGAAAUGCCUGUUCCAAAGACAGAGAAGCAAGUUAGAGGUUUUCUUGGUAGACUGAACUAUAUCUCCAGGUUUAUCUCUCAUAUGACUGCCACAUGUGGACCAAUUUUCAAGUUACUCCGCAAGGAUCAAGGGGUGAAGUGGAAUGUUGAUUGUCAGAAAGCUUUUGACCAAAUCCAAGAAUAUCUGUUAGAACCGCCAAUUCUUGUUCCUCCAGUUGACGGAAGACCUUUGAUCAUGUAUUUAACAGUACUGGAGGAUUCCAUGGGCUGUGUGUUAGGUCAACAAGAUGAAACCGGAAAGAAAGAACAUGCUAUCUACUAUUUGAGUAAGAAAUUCACUGAUUGUGAGUCCCGAUACUCUGUACUUGAGAAAACUUGUUGUGCUUUAGCCUGGGCUGCCAAGCGUCUCCGUCAUUAUAUGAUUAAUCAUACAACUUGGUUGAUAUCCAAGAUGGACCCAAUCAAGUACAUAUUUGAGAAGCCAGCUUUAACCGGAAGGAUUGCUCGCUGGCAGAUGUUAUUAUCCGAGUAUGAUAUCGUGUAUCGCACCCAGAAAGCAAUCAAAGGUAGCAUCUUGGCAGACCAUUUGGCCCAUCAACCAAUUGAAGACUAUCAACCAAUCAAGUUUGACUUCCCAGAUGAAGAGGUCAUGUAUCUAAAAGCGAAAGAUUGUGAUGAACCGGUGUUCGGUGAAGGUCCUGAUCCUGAAUCCGAAUGGGGUUUGAUAUUUGAUGGGGCUGUUAAUGUCUAUGGUAGUGGAAUUGGUGCAGUUCUCGUUACCCCUAAGGGUACUCACAUCCCUUUUACUGCAAGGAUACGAUUUGAUUGUACAAACAACAUCGCAGAAUAUGAAGCUUGCAUCAUGGGUAUCGAAGAAGCCAUCGACUUGAGGAUCAAGAAAAUUGUUAUCUAUGGAGAUUCAGCUCUCGUGAUUAACCAGAUCAAAGGAGAAUGGGAAACUCGGCAUCCUGGGUUGAUUCCCUAUAGAGAUUAUGCAAGACGAUUGCUGACUUUUUUCAACAAAGUAGAGUUACACCAUGUGCCCCGUGAUGAGAAUCAAAUGGCGGAUGCUUUAGCUACUCUGUCCUCAAUGAUCAAAGUGAAUGGUCACAAUACUGUGCCAGUAAUCAAUGUUCAGUUCCUCGAUCGGCCUGCUUAUGUGUUUACAGCCGAAGCAGUUGAUGAUGACAAGCCAUGGUAUCAUGAUAUCCAAGUCUUCCUUCAAACUCAAAAAUACCUGCAUGGGGCAUCCAACAAGGACAAAAAGACCUUGAGAAAGUUGUCAAGCCGAUUCUUCCUCAACGAAAAUGUAUUGUAUAAGAGGAACUUUGAUGGGGUUCUACUCAGAUGUGUGAAUGAGCAUGAAGCGGGAGAGUUGAUGCACGAGAUACAUGAAGGCUCUUUCGGAACGCACUCAUGUGGGCACGCCAUGGCGAAAAAGAUAUUGAGAGCUGGUUACUACUGGAUAACAAUGCACGCUGAUUGUUACAAUCAUGCCAAGAGGUGCCACAAAUGUCAAAUCUAUGCUGACAAGAUUCAUAUACCACCAUCUAUGCUCAACGUCAUCUCUUCCCCGUGGCCCUUCUCUAUGUGGGGCAUUGACAUGAUUGGUCGGAUUGAACCAAAAGCUUCCAAUGGACAUCGCUUCAUACUAGUGGCUAUCGAUUAUUUCACCAAGUGGGUCGAAGCUGCAUCUUAUGCCAACGUAACAAAGCAGGUAGUGGUUAGAUUUAUCAAGAACAACAUCAUCAGCCGCUAUGGUGUUCCUAACAGAAUCAUCACAGACAAUGGCACAAAUUUGAAUAAUAAUAUGAUGAAAGAGUUGUGCGAUGACUUCAAGAUUCAACAUCACAAUUCCUCUCCUUACAGGCCACAGAUGAAUGGGGCAGUUGAAGCUGCAAACAAGAACAUCAAGAAGAUCAUACAGAAGAUGGUAGUUACUUACAAGGACUGGCAUGAAAUGUUACCCUACGCUUUGUAUGGAUAUCGUACCUCAGUGCGAACCUCGACAGGGGCAACCCCUUUCUCCUUGGUAUAUGGUAUGGAGGCUGUACUACCGGUAGAGGUUGAGAUUCCUUCUUUGAGAGUUUUGAUGGAAGCUGAAUUGUCUGAAGCAGAAUGGUGUCAGAGUAGGUACGACCAGUUGAAUUUGAUUGAGGAAAAACGUAUGGCCGCUUUGUGUCAUGGACAGCUAUAUCAGUCAAGGAUGAAACAAGCAUUCGAUAAAAGAGUCCAUCCCCGUGAAUUCAAGGAAGGAGAUCUUGUGAUCAAAUGUAUCAAAUCCUUUCAACCAGAUCCUAGGGGCAAGUGGACACCUAACUAUGAAGGUCCCUAUGUGGUGAAGAGAGCUUUCUCCGGUGGUGCUUUAAUUCUUACAAACAUGGAUGGAGAAGAGUUACCUCGUCCUGUGAACUCGGAUGCAGUCAAGAAAUACUUUGUCUAG